CACUGGGGUGGAGGUUCUCGGGCGCUGGGGCUUCUGACCUGACUCUGGGCCCUGUUUCCCAGCAUGCUCUGGUGGGCGUGGUGCAGGUGCAUGAGGGGGCGGAGUCUGUCCCGAUACCCUGCCACUUCUUGGAUGUUUUACCUGAAGACCCCACAGUGAUUUGGACCAGGAACGAACUCAGCCCCAAAUUAAUCCACAAACGAGGAGAAACAGAUGAAGUUGAAGGUCAGAACCAGGUUUACAGGGGGAGGACAUCGAUGACGCCUGAUGCUCUGGACACUGGAGACUUCAGCCUCACUCUGAGAAAACCCCACAUCUCUGACAGCGGCAACUACACCUGCUCCUUCACUGAUGGAAGAGAAGAACUGAGAGUGACAGACGUACAUCUACAGGUCAAAGUUUCCCAUCAUACCCUGGCUGUGGAGGUGUUGGAGGGGGCGGAGUCAGUCCUGUUGCCCUGUCAAGACUCUUCUGUUCCUCGGUUCCCCACGGUGGAGUGGAUCCGCUAUGACCUCAGUCCUUCAACCGUCCACCAGCGUCAGACGUCAGGUGAUCAACUGAAAAACCAAAACCAUCUUUACAGCGACCGAACCUCCAUGAAGACGGACGCUCUGACAACUGGAGACUUCAGCCUGAAUCUGAGGAAACCCCGUCUCUCUGACAACGCAACCUACAUCUGCUCCAUCAGAGCGUUUGGAAACGAACGGAGACUGGCAGCCCUACAGCUGCUGGUCAAAGAACCACCUCCAGUCUGGCCUAAAGUUCUUGUGGGUCUACUGGUUGUUGUUGUUCUUGGUGUCAUUGGGGGUCUUUUGUUUCAUUUUCGACACUACUUCAUGUCAGAAUACCAGGUGGUGGUGGAUCCAGGGGUGGAGUCUGUCGAGCUGCCCUGCAAAACCACAACUCGCCUUCCUAAAGACGCUAGAGUGGAGUGGACGGAUGGAGAUGCCAGGAAGGUCCAUGUGUAUAAGAACGGCUCUGACCAUCCUGAAGAACAGAACCAGUUUUAUAGAAACAGAACGAAGAUGAAGAGAAACCUGAAAACUGGAGACCUCAGUCUGACCCUGAAAUACCCCACAGAUGGAGACACCAACACCUACACCUGUAGAGUCUACGACAAGGAGGGAAAGAUACUGAUGGAGAAACAUGUGGAGCUCAGAGUGAAAGUCCUCCAGGUGACGGAGGUGGAUCCAUGGGUGGAGUCUGUCCAGCUGCCCUUCAGAACCACAGAGCUGCCUGGAGACACUAGAGUGGAGUGGACAGACAAAGGCAACAGGAAGGUCCAUGUGUAUGAGAACGACUCUGACCGUCCUGAAGAACAGAACCAGAUUUAUAGAAACAGAACGAAGAUGAAUGAAGACCUGCUGAAAACUGGAGACCUCAGUCUGACCCUGAAAUACCCCACAGAGAGAGACAGUGGAUGGUACAGAUGUUUAGUCUACAACAAGGAGGGAGAGAUACUGAGAUGGAAAAUAGUGGAGCUCAGAGUGAAAGUCCUCCAGGUGGAGGUGGAUCCAGGGGCGGAGUCUGUCCAGCUGUCCUUCAGAACCACAGAGCUGCCUGGAGACACUAUAGUGGUGUGGUGGGACAGAGACUGGAGGAAGGUCCAUGUGUAUAAGAACGGUUCUGACCGUCCUGAAGAACAGAACCAGAUUUAUAGAAACAGAACGAAGAUGAAUGAAGACCUGCUGGAAACUGGAGACCUCAGUCUGACCCUGAAAUACCCCACAGAUGGAGACAGAGGAGGAUACAGAUGUUUAGUCUACGACAAGGAGGGAGAGAUACUGAGAUGGAAAACAGUGGAGCUCAGAGUGAAAGUCCUCCAGGUGGAGGUGGAUUCAGGGGCGGAGUCUGUCCAGCUGUCCUUCAGAACCACAGAGCUGCCUGGAGACACUAUAGUGGUGUGGUGGGACCGAAACUGGAGGAAGGUCCAUGUGUAUAAGAACGGUUCUGACCGUCCUGAAGAACAGAAACAGAUUUAUAGAAACAGAACGAAGAUGAAUGAAGACCUGCUGGAAACUGGAGACCUCAGUCUGACCCUGAAAUACCCCACAGAUGGAGACAAUGGAGAAUACAGAUGUAGAGUCUACGACAAGGAGGGAGAGAUACUGAGAUGGAAUAGAGUGGAGCUCAGAGUGAAAGUCCACCAGGUGGAGGUGGAUUCAGGGGUGGAGUCUGUCCAGCUGUCCUUCAGAACCACAGAGCUGCCUGGAGUCACUAGAGUGGUGUGGUGGGACAGAGAGUGGAGGAAGGUCCAUGUGUAUAAGAACGGUUCUGACCGUCCUGAAGAACAGAACCAGAUUUAUAGAAACAGAACGAAGAUGAAUGAAGACCUGCUGGAAACUGGAGACCUCAGUCUGACCCUGAAACACCCCACAGAUGGAGACACCAACACCUACACCUGUAAAGUCUACGACAAGGAGGGAGAGAUACUGAUGAAGAAACAAGUUGAGCUCAGAAUGAAAGACAGAGUCCAGGUCCAGGAUGUAACGUCUCCUCUUAUGGCUGAAGACGUAGUUUGAUCAGGUUGUUGAUCUUUGAUCAUUGAUCAGUGAAGGAUCUGAUGGACGAUGGAUGAAAGGAGGAGGACGCUCUGUCAGCUCCUGGUCCUGGUCUGAAGACUCUUUAAGGAUCAGGGUUGAUCAACAUGUUGUCCUCGUUGCUCCUAGACUAUAGAUGUUUGUCCUGAUCAGCUGAACACUGAGGACAGAUUUAAAUGAGUCUUUCAAAACAAACAUUUAAAGCAGAUGAAGAGACAGAAGACUGCAGCCUCCAGAGGAGAGUGUGGAAAGGUUACUGCUGGAAUUACAGGGUUAACCAGGAAACCACACACAUCCUUUACUCGGUUUGGAGACCAAACACAGAGUCAAAAGAGAACGAGUCCUGGACCUCGUCAGAAACUGAGACAAACUCCACUGAAGGAUGGAAGCUGUUCAUCACAUCAACUUUAACAGACGUUGCACCGACUUCAUCUCUUGUUGGACGGUUUCUGGAGUCAGUCAUCGUCUCUGACUCUAGUUGUUCUGUUGUGUCCUGCUCUGUUGGUUCUAGUUGGACCUCAGUCUGCAGAACAGAUCAGUCUGAGAGAUCAUUCUGAUUGGAUGAUGAGCUCAGAGAACCAGAACCAGAACCAUGAUGAUUUAGAAGGAAUGAAUCCCAACUGAGUAGCUGAUUCAGGAGAGGACAGCUCUGCACCACAACAUGUAGCUUCCUAGUCAGGGAUCUACAGUGCGACAGUUUUCAUCACAUUUGCUGCUGAAAGUGGUUCAGAGUGAAGAGAAACAUGUAUCUAUUAGCACAAGUGUGAAGGAGUUGCGCUGGUAUCUUCUGUAAAAAGUAAAGGAACGUAAUAGGAGUCAAAAGGCAGUUGGAAAAUCUGUUUAUGUUGCUGCACUUGUGUUUUGUUGUUGUUGUCGUUUUAGACUCUUCUCAUCAGCUGCUGAGGCCAAACUGUGAUGAACUGUCCCUACACAUCUUUUUCUAGACCAUCAGUUUGGACUGAACCAGCUGAUAUUCAUUUAUUCUGACCAGGGGCAGGAAAGCUUCCUGAUUGUCAUGGUUCUGUGUCUGUCUUUUAUUUUGUGUUUCCUGUUUCCUAUGUUUCGAGUUUCCUGUUUUACUUUGUCAACUCUUAGUUUCCUGUCUGUGUGUCUCUUGCUUAUUAAUUGGUUUCUCGUGGUGUCAUUGUCCUCAUUAGUUUCACCUGUGUCUUGUCGUCCCUCAGCCCUCCUGUGUAUUUAUAGCCCUGUCUUCCCUUUGUUCCUCGUCUUGUCACGUUUCUUAUCUCCAUGCCAUGUCCUUGUCCUUUCUCCGUUCUGCAGCGCCUUGAGUUUCCCCUUUGUUUUUGUGAAAUACUCCUUUUUCCUCAGAUUUCCUGCCUUCUCAUCAAUUGUCCUGCAUGUGGGUCCUCACCUCUACUGAUCCUGACACUGAGCACUGAUAGAUUUCAGCUGGUGUCUUGGCUUUCGUUGCCUUUUCCCACCUCCUUUUCUGUGUGUCAAUACUUUUUCUCUCUGUUAUUUCACAUUAUUACACAUAAGUUAAUUUCUGAACUUAUUUGUUCUGGUUUCUGGUGAAUUUUAGUGAACAUUUCAUGUCAAUAGCACCUUUAGAAACAUGUUGAAACAUUGUGAUGUGUUCAAUACUUAUUUUACCCGCUGUAUAGUGGAAAGUCCCUGUCCUAGAAACACAGCAGCUAAUGAAUGCAGUCAAUGACCAGUGUUGUUCAAGGAGCACCUUUUGACCAAAUGUCUGUUUUUUUCUGUCCUGAAAUCGUAAAUAAAAAAGUUGUUUGGUUUAAAGGAAUUGUCCUUUAUUAGAUUAACAUACUAUUACAUUAUCUUCAUACCUGGACUCUAGAGAGAGCAAAUCACUGUUCACACCUGGGGCCUCGUUAAUCAAACCGUGCGCUGAAACAGAUUGAUGCAUCGCAAAUGUUAAAUAAUUUUAAUUAGAGCAAAUUAACAUAAAGAAAAAUGAAAUUUCUCACAUUCCA